UAAAUGUUCUCACCAUGGUCCAUGGGAUUUUCCCCUGGUGUAGAAUGGAGAUUUAGUUAAUUGAAUAGAAAAACACAACAGGUGGACUUGUGAUGGAGGAAGGACCCGUCAAGAGUGUAGAGUGCACCAACCUUCGACUGACGCCAGGGUUAAGUAUGUAUUGGAUCGUAGUAUUGCAGUAGGACAAAAUCAAGACCCAGUUUUGCUGCUCACUGCUUGUGCUUCUACCUUUUUUUUAAAAAUGUCAUAUUUUUCUUUCUUUAUUCUUCAUUCCACCCACACAAGAUUGCCAGUUUUGAGUGCACUGAAUAAUCUUCACAGCAUUUCACUUCCAACUCUAUGUUUCACUGCGGACACAGUGUCUGUACGCCCAUCCCUACCUUCUACAAACAUAGGGAACGUCGUUAUGGCAAAAGAUUCCCAUCCUCAUGGUAUGUGUCUUCUGUCUCCAGGUCAUCAUUAGCAUUCUUCAGUCUGGUUUAGAAGUGUCUCUUUGGCAGAUGUUUUUCUUGGUCGGAAAUGUUGACUCUUGACUACAGACUGGUUUAAGUAUUUUUGCAAUGAUACAAUACAAUUUGGAGUUUUUUAACUCCAAAUUCUACCCUCACCUGGACACAUUUGUCCAUAGAAAUAUUCACCUCUUACUAGCUCUUUUAAGUGAGAUCUAAAUUUCUUCAAUUGAAGAUUACAGUUUCCCAUGUGCAUUUGUAUUACCAUAUAGGCAUGAGUCUGUACUGUAUAUAUACUGUGUGCUUUCACAACAUGUAUUGUGCUUUUUUUUUUAUUUCCCCUUGAGCCAUAGAACAUGUUUUGUAAUCUUGUACAAAACUCAAACCCACUCAGUCUGGAUCCUCCUCACCACAGUUUCGACACACAGGUGUAGGAGGCGGCUGGUGAAGACAGUAGAGGUAGAAGCCUGGAGGUGGUGUUUAUGUGUUUGAAGGAGAAGAAAGGUCGUGCCCUUCGAUGACUCAGAUUUCUUAUAUUUGGAAAGCUGUUGUGAAUCCAACCAAAAUGAUUCAUUCUGCAUCAUCACUUGCAUCAUUGUUCUCAUUGGAAUCAUAGCAACAUGUCUAUGAAUGACUUUCUGAUAGUUUGUGUACUCGAAAACUCGAUUACAUCCCUUUUUGUAUUCCGUUAAAAAACUGAGCGUCUCCAGGUGAAGUAAGCUGUAACAAAGGUGGAAAAAGAGAGGGAAACAUGCGUACAAGACAAGUCCAGUCUGGUACUCGGGUACACCCCCCUGAUGUUCUCCCCUAUCAGCUCUCAGCCCCACCCUUCACCUUACAUUCCUCUACAAAAACUCAUCAUACGAUAAUACACCUCAUAUAUUGGAGAGCAGCAUCCACAAAAACAAGCCUCACAGAGAAGAAAAAAAGAUACACAACUGAUUUGGUUCUUUGGUUUCACGUGAGCUUCAGAGGAGAAAAGAAUGGGAUCUGUUGGAGUCCAGAUUGUCUGUGUGGCCCUCGGGGUCCUUGGCCUGAUUGGGACCAUCGUCUGUCUUGCUGUCCCUCGCUGGAAGGUCACCUCUUUCACAGGGUCCAACAUUGUGACUGCACAGGUGAGUCAGGAGGGUCUGUGGAUGAGCUGCGUGGUGCAGAGUACCGGUCAGCAGCAGUGCAAGAACUACGAUUCUUUACUGGUGUUGCCCUCUGACCUGCAAGCAGCACGUGCCAUGACCAUCAUCAGCUGCAUGUUCAGCGGCAUCUGCCUCCUCAUCCUCUUCUGCGGUGCCGACUUCACCACUUGCGUGGAGAAUGAAGACGCGAAACCCAAGAUCAGCCUGGUGGCCGGCAUUGGCCUCAUGCUGGCCGGCAUCCUGGUCAUCAUCCCGGUCAGCUGGUCUGCCAACAACGUCGUGCGGGAUUUCAACAAUCCAUUAAUGGCUACUCAGAAGUGGGAGUUAGGGGCGUGUAUCUUUGUGGGCUGGGGGGCCGGGGCCCUGCUCAUUCUGGCUGGAGGACUGCUGUGCUGCUUCAGCAGGCCCAAGUCUGGCAGCUCUGGUGGAACGGCCAAGUACUACAGCAACAGUGCCUCCGCCCCCAACAAGAACUACGUGUAGUAGCUUUAAAAAAAAAAAAAAGGACUGGAGAUUCAAAGAAGGUUUGGGAGGGAGGUGUAGAUGGUUAAAGACUGGGAAGGAACAAAGAUGGUGGCGUUAGGGACCGUUUCAAAACUGUCUGUAAAUAAACUAAUAGGGAGCUCCAGUUUUCUUUGAUAAUCUUUCUCCUCAGCUGUUGUUUUUAUUCAUUGGUGCAGGGAUUUUUUUUCAUAAGCUCUAUGUCUGUAAAGGAAAAAUUCAUAUGCUAUAAGUCCAAGAUAAUCAGUAACAUAUUUUAUAUGUCCUUAUAUGGGUUUUUUUAGUGCACAUCACAGUUGGAAGCAUUUUACAGUAAAAAAUGUAUUUGUACUGUAGUAUUUUUAAACCCAUUUUAAACUCAUCAAAUAAUCAAAUAAUCAAAAUGAUAUAUACUGUUUGAGUCAACCAUUGUUUCUACUGUUUUACUCAUAUUAUUUUUAAACAAUAAACCGUUAGUAGAAGUUAAUGAACCAUAAUAGUCUUUAACCAAAGACACCUCAGUAGGUUUCAGGGAGUAAAUAUAUGUGUGUGCAUUUCCAGUAUGUUCUUGAAUUUUUUUAACAAAUGAUUAAAAGUUGGUCUGAAACGAGUUUGUUUCGUGUCUAUUUUUGUGUUAACUGAAAAUAAAAAAAUCCAAAUAGAGAUCAAACAUGUGUAAACAAAGAAGACCUUUAAUUCAAAUAAAGAGCAUAUAUUAAAAAUAGGAUUUGAAAAAAAAGGAUCUAACUGAAUAAACAAAUUUAAACUGAUAAAAAACACUUUUUGAUUUCUCUUCUCCUUUUGGGUCCCAGUAAGUCGGAACCAAUACUACAAAAAAAAAAAAA